AUGAUACCUGGGAUGGAGAAGAGUGGCUGUCGCGAGAAGCCAGCGCAGGGCAUCGCACCUGUGACCCGCUUCCCUCAGAGCCGUGGCGAUGAAUAUCAAAGUACUAUCCAGCCAGGUACAGACCUGUCAGACUGGAAGCGCUUGGCGGACGUCACUUUGUGGAAGUGCACCUUACUAGAAUGUGUCGCCAGCAUAAUGUACACGUUCAUGUUGACAUGGGUGACGAUUGCACCAGCAUCCAAAGAUCGAGUCGAUAUCGGUAACCUCUCCUACCUCAGCACGGACAAUUACGAUUGGGUUCGCUUCUUACCUGCGAGUAUCGUCAAUAUGUGCCUCCUCCCUUUGAUAAUCGUUACUUUUACGCGCUCGAGUGGCGGCUAUGUCAAUCCGACUAUCACAUUGGCUGCGUACUUUCUUCGCCGAAUGUCCUUAUCGCGGGCUGCUAUGUACAUGGCUGGACAAGUUGUUGGAAGUGCCUUGGCAGUGUGGGCUGUGCAAGAAGCAUACGGAAGCACGGAGAUUGAUAUGGGGUGUAUCAUCAGUCUUGAAGGAGUUUCGAUACGCGAUGCAUAUAUUGCUGAGAUAUUUGGCAGCUUGACUAUAGUAGUGGCUGUCAUGUACAUUGCUGCUGGUCGCAAAGCCAGGGGGUUAUUUGGAGAUGCGAUGUCGCCUUGGAUGGUGGGCAUUGCCAUUGAGGCUGGGUUCUGGUUACCCAGAUUCAUAUGGCAGGAGUAUCCCCGUGCAAGUAUACCAUUGUGGCCUGCGUUGUGGGGCGCUAUGAUCAAUGGCAGCUGUUAA